GCAGUUUAGAGAGACGGGCAAUGAUCACUCUUUUCAUUUAUAUAUUUUCGUGUAUUUCUAAUAAUAAUAAUGUUUAAAAAUAAUUAAAAAAUAAUAAUUCAUUGCACUUGAAUUCAAUGGUUUUAAGUACAUUAAAUCUCUCCAAAAGUCCAAGUUAAAUUGCUCUGAUGUAAAAAUAUAUAAAUUGCAAUUGCACUGAUAUUGCUUCCAUAAUUUAUUGUACCACAACUCAAUCCACAUAAUAUGUACAUACCGAUGUAUAUGCUCAAUUAAUUGGAUAUAACUAUUGAAUUUUCUAAUUAGGUUUUUUUUUAUAUUUAAUUUAAAUUGGAUAUAAUAUACCUACUUGACAAAGUGCUGGAUAUUGUGAAAUUUAAUGCAUCUGAAUUCUUUUGUUUCGAAUGCGAUUGGGUUGGAGAACAAGUCCGAUAGUUUAUUACUAAAUUAAAUUAGAUAAGCGGAUGCGCAAAUACCUUAUACCUAUAUAUUUAUACCUCUGUAGGUAUAUAGAUAGAUUCCUGUGGAUAAGCAGCACUACAGUAUAUAAUCCAUAAAUAUUUGGACUAAACUUAUAGCUUCUGUUCAUAAUAAUAUACGCUUUACGCUUUGCUUUGGAAGUGGAAGCUAUUGCUAUUGCUAAUGCUAAACGCUGAAGCUGAAGUAUAAAGAACAAUUUUGUUCUCUUGUAUAUACUUGGCUAGAAAUUUAAAAGAAUGUAUAUAUACCUACGUAUAUAGUAUAUAGAUUAUUCUGCGUGUAUAAAGAUAAUUAAAAAAAAGCAUGUUUACAUAAAAAAGUGAUUUUAAAAGUUUGUGUGUGCUGCAACAGGUAUAAAACGACAAGAAAAGAAAAAAUGUCAAAACGUUCUACAAGUAUAAAUAUAAGCAAAUGACAGUAAUUAUUGUGGCUCAAUGCAUUGAAUCUGAAUUCUGAACUGAAACUGAAUGCUGAAUAAAUAAAACGACCAAAAGGAGGGACUCAAACUCAACUCAAAGAAACUGCAUUUAUCAAGAUUUCUUCUACAAACUAAAAAUUUCAGCAGCAGCAGCAGCAACAACAGCAACAGCUAAGAGCUAACAGCAGCAGCACACGGAGCACCUUCUGUGCCUUUUGGAAAAUUAUCACACGAACACGUCGCAUGAUUUGUUGUAAUAGGAAAACAAGGAAUUGUUAAGAAUGGCCUUAAAUAAAGAUUGCAAUAAAACAAACAUCGCAGAAGCAGAUGCAUCGAAUCAAGUUGGUUUAGUUGUGAGAAUCGACGGUGAUUCGGAUAACAAUUUACAAGCUUUAUUUGAUAGUGUCCUAAAACCGGGCGAUUCAAAACGACCCUUACAAGUGCCAUUUCGUAUGCGGAAAUUACCGAAUUCGUUUUUUAAUCCGCCGUUGACAGGUUCAAAAUCGCCAACUGUUUCACAUUCACGAGCAAAUAGCACUGAUUCAGCAUUUAGUACGGACUCGCAAUCAAAUACUUGCAGCGAAAGCCAAAAUGUGCAUCACACCCCAGCAGUGGCACCGUCGGGUCUGCUCAUUAGCCAUUCGAGAGCUCAUAGUAGUCCAGCAUCUCUUCAACAAACUUAUGCCGGUUUGAAUACACAACCUGCUGCCGCCACUGGCACUAUUGCGAAAAAUAAUUGCAAUCCAAAUGCCAAUCCACAAAGCCAAUCCGACAAUAGUAUUCAACGUAUACACAUGAAGCAAAGAUCAUAUGAUGUUAUAAGUCCGAUCCAACUGCAGAAUGAAUUGGGAGCUCUUCCACCAGGCUGGGAGCAGGCAAAAACAAAUGACGGACAAAUAUAUUAUUUGAAUCAUAUUACAAAAACAACUCAAUGGGAGGAUCCCAGAGUUCCAAUACAACGGCAGCAGCAUCUCACUAAUAGAACUGUUAAUCCAAGAAGCGUGAGUAAGGAUUCUGCGGCCUCUACUGAUUCUUUGGGUUCACUUCCAGAAGGUUGGGAACAAGCACUCACAGAAUCUGGUGAUGUUUAUUUUAUUAACCAUAUCAAUCGCACAACAUCUUGGAAUGAUCCACGCAUACCCAUUUAUAUGCAAAAACCUUCAUCUGCUGCUCGUCCAGAAAUGAAUUGGAUGGAAAGCAAAAGUAUAGAUAAGGAGCGUGAUUACUUAAAAGCGCGCGACAGCAUUCAGGAACAGCGUACUCGAAUUGUAAAUAAACUUGAUUUACAAAUGGAUCCGUUUUUAUCAGGAAUGCCCGAACAUAGCAGACAAGAGUCCGCUGACAGUGGUUUGAGCUUAUCAUCAAACAACUUCUCAGUUACCCCGGACUAUUUAUCACAGAUUGGAGAUAGCAUGGAUUGUAUAAGCGAAAGUGGAGGGGAUCUAAACUCUGUAAGUGGCCUGGAGUCACCGGAUAAUUUAGUUUCAUCGCUACAGUUAACGGACAAUUUUUGUAAUGAGCUGCUUAAUAAUGUACAGAGUUUGGUUAAUCCCGUUUCUACCAAGCAAGAUGACAUAGAUUGGUACAAGAUAAAUUGAUAUAUGUUUUCAUCUAUCAUUAUAUUAUUUUUUCCAAUGUAUUCUUACAUGGCGAGAUAGAUUGGCAAUCACGAAUUAAGUUUUAAUAUAUAUUUUUUUUCUAUUGGAUCAAAAA